AUGGCUAAGAACACAAAGCUUUUGGUUCUUGGCUUCAUGCUUCUCCUAGCCAUAAGUCUGUCCUUGGCAGCGAGGACCUUGAAUGAGGAAAAUGGAGGUGGAGGUAUAGAUGGGCAUGGUGGAUAUGGUGGUGGAGGAUAUGGGCAUGGUGGAUAUGGACAUGGAGGAUAUGGGCAUGGUGGAUAUGGACAUGGUGGAUAUGGACAUGGAGGAUAUGGGCAUGGUGGAUAUGGUGGUGGAGGAUAUGGACAUGGUGGCGGAGGAGGACAUGGAGGUGGAGGUGGAGAUGGACAUCCUUAG